GCGUGCGGCAGACAAAAGCGCAUGAAAAAUUCAUUGGGAUCCGUCGGAACCGAAAGUUUAACGUCAGGACAGCGACAAAAACAACAAGAACAACGAGGAGCAGAGGCACUAUAGCAUAUAUAGCAUAGCGAGUGCUAGUCCUAAACGUCUAUCGUUAGGUGUAACGAGUCAACAUGCAAAUUGCCUGCGCCGGACCCGGACACCGGACCCAGGACCAGGAUCUGCACCAGCCAUCCUCCUCGACGUCGUCAUUACCAUCGGCAUCACCAACAUCAUCAUCAUCAUCGGAGGCAGUGGAACGCAAACGCACCGAAGAGCCAACAGGGGCGCAAUAAAAAUUGCCUAUAAAUGGGCGGAAGUGCCAGAGGCAGGGGGGUUGCUGAGCAGGAUGUGCUACGCACAAGGACGAUGAAGGAGGGGGAGGGGGAGGGGGGCGACAAACAGGAGCACAACAAAGCCAAACUUCCGCAUAGGAUGCGCCCGAACGGAAGUUAUUUUGGCCGCCUGAACGUGAGCGCGCUGCUCAUCUACUUGUGGUGCUAUCUGCUCCUGAUAAUGGCAGCAUCUGGCGGCAGCAGCAGCAACGUGGUAAACGGCCUCAAAUGCUACUGCAAUCCGAAGGAGUGCGACGUAAUCCGCUCGCCCGACUGCCCCGGCAAAGGACUUAUGCUCUGGGAUCCCUGCAAAUGUUGUCGCAUAUGCGCCAAAACUUUGGGCGAAUCCUGCGGCGGCCCGGGCGGAUUUUCCGGUCAAUGUGAGCCGCCCCUGCAGUGUGUGACCAAGCUGCCCAUUAGCAGCGGAUUGGGCGUGUGCAUGGAUUUGCAGCACCUGACCGCCCUGACCUACAGUCAGCACGAUAAUUGUUCGGACAGCGAUUCGAUUGUUUUGCAGCCGGGCUGCGAGAUUACCAACAAACGCUGCCAGUGCUGGCCCACAAUGCGCACCUGUCUCAGCGAACUGACCAGCGAUGGGGGAUCUCCCAGCGAUUCCCGUUGGCACUUCAAGAACCUAGAGGACUGCCAGUUGAACUUGCAAAAUCUAAUUAAACUCGAACAGGAAUUCGAUGAAGACUACAAAAUCUCACCGAGCAAAUUCACAUACAAAAAGCUGCGCAGAAAGCGAAAAUCGUUAAGAAAACGCAUUUUAAUAACGAAUUUUCCUUUACUUUCAGCAUCAUUUUGAAGGAUUGAGACUUCAAUGCGCCAUUGAAAAGUCAUCCUCUUUCUCAGCUCUUAACUCAACAAAACCAAAUUGAAAAUCUCUGUACAGAUAGUAUGCUUACUUCUAACUAAUAAUAUGGCUAUUAUAAAUA